AAUUGAAUUCUUUAAAAAGUUUAAGAAAUUAAAAUACAAAAAUGUAUGAAAUUCUCGGUUUCAAUGUAGCAAAUGUUGCCAUUGGUUUUGUUACAUGUUUAACAUUAAUUUAUUGGUUUUUAACCAAAAAUUAUGACUACUGGAAAAAGUUGGGAAUCGAUGGCCCGAAACCUGUUCUACUUUUUGGCAAUUUCUUAGAUCGAUGUCGAAAUCCGAUGGGAUCGCUGGACAUCGCAUACAUCAAGAAAUAUGGCAAUGUUUUUGGAAUAUUCAAUGGCGUCGAUCCGGUGCUAUUAGUGGCGGAACCAGAAUUAAUAAAACAAAUUUUGGUUAAAGAGUUUCACAAUUUCUCAGACCGAAGGCAAUUGAGAACAGAGCACCCGAUCAUCAAUAAAAAUCUAUUCAAUAGUUUGGGCGACGACUGGAAGCGAUUGCGAACUAUUGUGAGUCCGACCUUCACGUCGGGAAAGAUGAAGAAAAUGUAUCAUUUGGUGCGAAAGUGUUUACAAGAAUACUUAGAGCACUUGGAAGUGAUGGCAAAGAAUGCCCAGUAUAUCGACGCCAAGUGUCUGCACCAGAACUUUACGAUGGAUGUGAUCGCUUCGUGCGCUUUCGCCACACAAACCAACGCUCAAAAAGAUCCCAACAAUAAGUUUGUAGCGAACGGACGGAAAGUAUUUGUAUUCAACGCGUUUAAAAUGAUUGCGGCGUUUGUUUUCCCGAAAUGGUUGAACACAUUGUUGAAUAUAAGGACUCAAUUGGUUGAACCGCCGAAUGAAUUCAUAUUUGAAUUGACGCGACAUAUA